CCCGGAGAAGAGAAGGCUCCGGGGAGACCGUCCAGGCCCUUCCAGUCCCUAUAUGCUGAGGGUGGUGAAACACUGGCCCAGGUUGCCCCAGAGAGGUGGUCGAUGUGCCAUCCUUGGAAACAUUCAAGGUCAGGUUGGACGGGGCUUUGAGCAGCCGGCUGUAGUUGAAAGUGUCCCUGCUCAUGGCGGUGGGUUGGGCUAGAUGGCCUUUAACAAUCCCUUCCAAUCCAAACCGAUCUAUUUCUAUGUUUCUAAGGUGGAGGAUGCUGUGGUGAGCAGCAUUUGCUCGUGUGGUGUAGUUACCAAAGGCGCUCCUGAACUUCUAGCUGUCUUUUUGGUAAAUGGGUUGCUGGAGCUGUGAUGUGGGUGCAGCAGAGUGUCCGUUCUCUGUUUCUAGCUUCUCUGCUGCUUUCUCUUGUUUCCAGCAAUUGGCGCUCCCAGGAACAGCUUGGCUCUAAUUGAGGCAUCUUGCUAGUGGUGAGUUUGUGACUGUUUUCGUAUUAGAAAACUUUUUGAAGUCGUCUUUGAGGUAGUAGCUGGCUACGCCACCGCAGAAGCGGACAGGUAACCAAGGGAAAAAGUCUGCAUACCCUACAUAAUCAAGUUUAAGAAACAAAAGGCAUUUUUGAGUAUCGAAAAACUGAAAUACCCCAAUUUGCCUAGGAUUUGUACUUUCUUGUUGGUGAGGAUGUACAGCUGGAAAGCAUGGUCUUAAGAAGAUGGUACUGGCCUAACUUUGUUGUAAAAGUGCGUUGAGCACCUGGGGACUAGUGGGAAGAAUCAGGAUGAGAAACUUCAUUGUGAACUGUUUUGCUCCAUCUCCAGGAGGAUUUCUAAAUCCCACCAGCAGCAGUCCGAGGAGAAGCUGGAACAGCUACGAUCCAGUUAUUGUUUGCUCAUGACUGGGAAAUCCUGCUCCACUUCCUUGAGAGAAAACCCUAGUUGUCAGGGCUGAAAAUCUCCUGCUGUUUCGGACAGCGUGUCUUCCUAACUCAGAUCUUUUCUAACUGCUUUGUGGAGUGCCUGCCUGUUCCAGGGGAUGCACCCUGCUUCCUGAUGCCCUGGGAAUAGGCUACCUCUGCUUGUAACAGAAAUGUGGAAAAAAUGAAUAAAAUGGAUUUGCCAACUACUAGUCUGCAGAAUAAAUAUCCGCAGUGGAUGCUUACACAAAACCAAGCUUUGGGUGAUAAGAAGAAGUCUACCGUUCAGAGGAGCGUUUUGGAGGACGGGCUGCCAUUCCUAGAGUUCUGCGGCUCCAUCGUUUACAGCUAUGAAGCCAGCGACUGUUCCCUUCUCUCGGAAGAUAUCAGGCAGAGUUUAUCAGAUGGGGCUGCUGUUGGAUUUGAUGUUGAAUGGCCACCGUCCUAUACUAAAGGAAAAAUGGCGAAAAUAGCUGUAAUCCAGAUAUGUGUCACUGAGGAGAAGUGUUAUUUGUUUCACAUCUCUUCCAUGUCAGGUUUUCCCAAGGGACUCAAAAGACUGCUCGAAGAUGAAACAAUUAAAAAGGUUGGCGUAGGAAUUGAGGGAGAUCAAUGGAAGCUGAUGAGUGACUUUGAAAUCAAACUGAAGAGCUUUGUGGAGCUGGCUGACGUUGCUAAUGAGAAACUGAAGUGUAAGGAGAUAUGGAGUCUAAAUGGUCUGGUAAAGCACCUUUUUGGCAAGCAGCUUUUGAAGGAUAAAUCUGUCCGCUGCAGUAACUGGGAAGAGUUUCCACUCAACGAGGAGCAAAAGUUGUAUGCAGCCACAGAUGCCUAUGCUGGAUACAUCAUUUAUCAAAAGCUGAAAAAUAUGGAUAACAGUGAGCGGAAACUCUUUUGUGUAAGAAGAGAUGGCGUGUCAGAGGGUGUGAAGGAGCGCUUGACUUCCCUAGCUGAAGAGAUAACAGACCUGGCUUCUCGCAUCCCUGACUCUUCUGGACAAUUUGAAAAUUGGCAGAGGGCUGUGGAAAUACUAGCUGACAUAACGGCGAAUGUAAAUACCUUAAGAAGCAUGCUGUUGGGUUCAGGUUCCCAUUCCGAAGUGGAGAGGAGCUGUGGCGCAGCGCCAACAAAUCUUGAGGCAAAGUCAGCAGAUGUCAAAGCAGAGAAAGUUGAAAAGCCUGAAUUUGCUAAAGAACUUGAAGGUGACUUCAACAUCUGCUCUGAUGCUACGCUUGCUGGCCUCUGGGAGGGAGAUGGCAAUGAAGAAGAGGCGGAGAGAGAUAAUGCUGUUGUGGAAGAUGGGGCUGCAGCAGCCAGCUCUAAGGACGCAGCAGACAGAGAUGACUUCAUGUCCCUAGACAUUACUGAGCAAGAACUUGAGAUCUUGGAACGUCAAGCUGCAGAAGAAUUGCUCAACGAAGCUGCACCUGAGGAGGCAUGCUCCACAGACAACGAACAGAAUAUUUCCUGUGUCAUUGAAAGCGAUGAAGAACUGGAAAUGGAGAUGCUUAAAUCUGUAGAAGACGUAGACAAUUCCAAAGGAGCUUUAACUGAAAGAGAGUACAAUAAAGCCAGGAAAACUCCUGACACAGAAUUGAACGUCGUACUAGAUGGCGAUGAAGAUGAAGGCGUUGAGGAAGAAGAGGAGGAAUGUUUGGAUCCACUGCUGCCGCUACCUAGCGAAAGCCACAUCGCAUGUCUGAAGACGCAUUUUGGGCAUUCUUCUUUCAAACCGGUCCAGUGGAAAGUGAUCCAUUCUGUUCUCGAAGACAGAAGAGAUAAUCUUGUUGUCAUGGCAACUGGCUAUGGAAAAAGCUUGUGCUACCAGUUUCCUCCUGUUUACACUGGAUUUACAGGAAUUGUCAUCUGUCCUCUUAUCUCCUUGAUGGAGGACCAGGUGCUGCAGCUGACGAUGUCGGAGAUUCCGGCUUGCUUGCUUGGUUCGGCUCAGUCAAAAAACAUCACAGAAUGCAUCAAAGCGGGUCAGUACAGAGUCAUAUACAUGACUCCAGAGUUCUGUUCAGGGAACUUACAGUUACUUCAGGAUCUCGACCAAACUAUUGGUAUUACCCUCAUCGCUGUUGAUGAAGCGCAUUGCAUUUCCGAGUGGGGCCAUGACUUCAGAAAUUCCUUUAGAAGUUUAGGCUCCUUAAAGAAGGCUCUGCCAUCGGUUCCCAUUGUUGCUUUAACUGCCACUGCAAGUCCAUCGAUUAGAGAAGACAUCGUGAAUUGUCUGCACCUGAAGAAUCCCCAGGUCACGUGCACUAGUUUUGACAGACCUAACCUGUACUUAGAAGUUGGACGACAAAGUGGAAAUACGCUUAGGGAUUUGAAGCAGUUCCUUACUAGGAAAGGAAGCAGUUCUGCGUAUGAGUUUGAAGGCCCCACUAUCAUCUACUGCCCCUCAAGAAAGGCCACUGAACAGGUUGUGUCCGAACUGAUGAAACUCGGUGUGGCCUGUGGUGCAUACCAUGCUGGUAUGGGAAUCAAACAAAGGAGAGAGACCCAUCACCGGUUCAUGAGGGAUGAAAUUCAGUGUGUUGUGGCUACGGUGGCAUUUGGGAUGGGCAUCAAUAAAGCAGAUAUCCGGAUGGUUAUUCAUUACGGUGCCCCUAAGGAAAUGGAAUCCUAUUAUCAAGAAAUUGGGCGAGCUGGUCGCGAUGGGCUUCCUGCUUCCUGUCACGUCUUGUGGACCGCAACGGACUUGGCUUUUAACAGACACCUCCUAAAUGAGAUACGCAACGAAACGUUCCGGUUGUACAAACUGAAGAUGUUGGCUAAAAUAGAGAAGUACCUUGUGUCAAAUACCUGCAGGAGGAAAAUCAUCCUGUCUCAUUUCGAAGACAAACAACUCCGAAAGGUUUCCUCCGGCAUCAUGGGCACGGAAGAAUGCUGUGAUAAUUGCAGGUCCAGAGUCUCUAGUUUUGCGGUCUCCAGUGACUCGGAAGGUGGUUUGCAGGACUUCGGGAAGCAAGCGAAUCAGCUGCUGUCGGCAGUGAGUGCCCUGGAGGAGAAGUUUGGAACUAGAAUUCCCAUUCUGUUUCUCCGAGGGUCUAGUUCCCAACGCUUGCCAGAGAGAUACCGCAGACACCCUCUCUUUGGUAGUGGAAAAGACUGGCCGGAGAACUGGUGGAAAUCGCUCUGCCAACAACUGAUAAUGGAAGGGUUCCUCAAAGAAGCCUCUGGGCAUAACAAGUUUGCAACCACGUGCAUGCUUACCCAGAAGGGUAGAAAUUGGCUGUUAAAAGCUUCAUCUGCCUCAAAUCCAAGCCUUCUGCUACAGUCCAGUGAAGACCUUAAUCUGCAGAAACGUCCUAGAAGUAGACCUUUACCUGUGCUCUCGACGCAGCGCUCCCCAGACACGAAAGGAAAAAUGCAGUCUCCUGUCAAGCAGAUGUCUCUCUACGAUAUGUUCUCAUAUGAGAAAAGAGGUAAAACUCUUCCAAGAAGCAAUAACAUGCCUAACAGUGUUGCAGAGCACUCAUCGGUGAAAUCUCCGUUGAAGUCCCCAGAACCUGGUGUUUCAUCCCGAGAAAAGGAACUAGAGACUGCUCUGUAUGGCAAGCUGCUGACUGCUAGACAGAAGGUAGCUAAUGAGAAGGUAAUUCCUCCAGCUGUCUUGGCAACCAAUAAGAUCCUGGUGGAGAUGGCGCGAAUAAGGCCUACGAAUGUUGAGAAUGUGAAGAGACUUGAUGGUGUGUCUGAAGCAAAAUCCACCAUGUUGGUGCCUCUCCUGGCUGAAAUCAAGGACUUCUGCCGAGCGAAUGGUUUGCAGACUGACAGGUUCCCCACGUCUGGAUGUGAAGAUCAGAAAGAAGCAUCUCCCUGGAAGCAAACUAGAGCCCUCUCUCCCUCAGAGCAUGUCACGUAUGUCCUGUUCCAAGAGAAAAAUCUCUCUGUGAGGACUAUAAGCGAGAGCAGAUCUCUGCCCCUUUCUGAGGUUGGCACUCACCUGGUCCAGGCGGUGAAAGCUGGCUACCCUGUCAACCUGGAGCGAGCAGGUUUGACUCCUGAAGCUCGACGGAUCAUUUCUGAUGUUAUCCGAAAUCCUCCCAUUAACUCGGACACCACCAAAAUUCAAACGAUCAGAAAACUUGUUCCUGCAAAUAUUGAACUGUAUCUCAUCCAGAUGACCAUUGCAUUACUGGAGAAAGAGAACAGAAAUAAGUCUAAGGAUGGCUCAGGCGUCAAAAGGGUGUUGGUGUGGUCAGAAGGGCAGCAGGAAAAAAGGGGAGCAGAUCAAGCAAGCAGGGAAGAUACCUUGUGGAGUAAAACAAAGCCUGCUUCCUUCCUGUCCCAUGGAAAGGCUGUGCAGAGCGUGGAUGACAGCCAGCCAGGCGGCAGAGGGACAGCAAGCCACCUGAAUCCCAUUGCCCUGGCCUCCUGGAAUCAGCCUGCCCUCAAUCCUGAUGAAGAGGAACUGUUUGCUGACUCUCAGCCCAAGAGCUCCCAUCCCCCCUCCAAGAGGAAGGUGCCGGAAUGGUUUGGAACUUCAGCUGUGCCAGUUCUGCCCACCCCAGAUGAAGAAAUCCAAACCGGAGACCAGAAAAGGGAUUUUCAGUUGACUACAGCCAUGGCGAUUUCUAUUUUUUUUUUUUACCCUGUACAGAGAGCAUUUUAUGAACAGAGUUCAACUUCAUUGGUGUAGUUUACUCCUAAUUCUAGAUUAUUUAUCUCUUACCCUCUGUGCAGUGAGGGGAGAGGCGUGUUUAUGCUUUUCACUAUGUGAAACCUAUUCUUAUUAAAAAAAGAAA